AUGGCGGCCAAUUCAGGGUAUGGGAAUAACCGUCUAGCUACUGGCUUCCGCCAGAUGCCACUGCCUCAACCUCGGCCGGUCAUGCGCAGAUCACCCGACCCUCCCCAAGCGGCUACCUCUCUGGGCGCUUCCGCUUAUGAAACCAUUGAGAUUUCUGACGACGAGGAAGAGUCGGACGGUGGGAUGGUCAUUAACGUUGGCAAUUCCGAACAUGAAGACGCUUCCGACUCCAUGGAUGUCGAUGAAGUCUACGGCGCACAGUCAAGAGGAGGUGUCGCAGAAGCCCAUUCCUCUGCACGAGAAACACCCCAGUCCUUGUCUUCCACAGGACACGAAGCUCACAGCCAGCUACAGGGCGAUCUCGAGCGAUUUGUCAACGUCGUCUCUACCGAAUCCUCCGGGACGAAUUCUAGCAUCCAUGCAUGCCAACGGUUGGUGGAUCUGAGCCCAGAAGACCUUGAGAACCAACUCAAAUACGCCUUUUUUGAUCUGGACCCCGACACCAUAGAUCUCGAUCAGCCCGCCGUCUGCCUCAGCUGUCUUCAGCCAGGUCAUGCUGAGCGAAACUGUCCCGAAAUUUCGCUCCUGUCCCCGGCUUCAGCGGUGCUCAAGGUGCCGCGAUAG